GGAGGGAUCAUUCACCAUUAAACCCAAAUUGAUGAUGUGCUUGAGAGGAAGGAGUCAGAAUUAGAUGAAAAUCUUUCGGUGUGUUAGCGAUGUUUGACCGCUUUCUUUAAAAAAAAAACGUGUUUGUGAUAAGUGGUUUGGCCGAACUUACUUGUUUUCUAUGUGUAGAAAUUUACUGUGAAUUUCGUGCUUGAGUUACGAUUUUAAAUUCACUACAAGUAGCUAUAACAGGGCUAGAAACGAAGUUUAUCAUUUUGACUCGAAAACAAGCUAAACAGUAUGAAUGCGGUAUUUCUACUCAGCCUCACACUGCUAUAUACGAUGUACUCACAAGCAACCGAUAAUUUGUGCUCUCGUCGUACAACGUUGUCAAUGGCAAUACUUAACGGCGACAAUCACCUAUCAAGUCACUCUAUCCAACAAACCUUGGUGAAGACAUCAACUCAGUGUGUUCAGAGGUGUUUAUACCACAUUCCAAAAUGUACAUUUAUAGCGUAUUACGAAGUAACCGGAUCUUGUGAAAUUUACAGCAUUGAACCUGGCUACCAAGUAGAAGAAAUAUUAUUUCCUUCAAAUGUGAAGUUGUACGGUCUCAUUAAUCGUGACUGUACGGAAGUGAAGCAAUUUUCGAGUGGAAACAGUGGCGUUUAUAAUGUGAAACCCUGCCCAUCAUGCUCGCCCAGCAAAGUGUAUUGUGACAUGGAGACUGACGAACACGGCUGGACAGUCCUCCAACGCAGACGAGACGACUCCGUCGAUUUUUACCGAACCUGGGAAGAAUAUACUGACGGAUUUGGGGACGUGUGCAAUGAAUUUUGGAUUGGAAACGAGUUCAUUCACAAGAUAACGUCAUCGGCAGUACACGAGCUGCGAAUAGAUUUAAUUGAUUAUGAUGAUAACCAUAACUUUGUCACCUACGAUUCCUUCAGAAUUGAAAACGAAUUUGAAAAAUACAGAUUGCGUCUCGGAAAUUACAUAAGUUUACAAUCGAACAUUCGUGAUUCGCUGAGAAAUCAGGAUAACUGUCAAUUUUCAACAAAAGAUAAAGACAACGAUAAUGGUAAUGGCGAUUGUGCUAAAAUGUAUCCUAGCGGGUGGUGGUUUAAUGCAUGCUUUUAUGUUAAUUUGAACGGCAAUGGGUUUUCCGCAGAGGUACCAAACGCUGAUACCUCUAAAGGAAUAACGUGGUUGAUAAACGAAUCAACCUCGACUAGACGGCAGUACAGAUUUUCAGAAAUGAAAAUUCGAAGGAUUGGACCAUUCUAGGUGUAGGCCUAUGUGCCUCACGCAUCUGAAUGAGUUUUGAAACAAAAACACCUACAAAAAAAUUAACUUGAAUAAUAAGCAAUUAGUAGAGCCGCGCACAGUACACUAGGCCUAUAGGGAAAUUAUUUUACGAAGGUUAGAUUUAAUGCUUGAAAAAAAUUCCUGAUGGCCCUGGCCCGAAGGAAAUUUUUGAAUGCAUUAAAUCUAACCUUGUAUAAUAAUUUUCCGCUAGUGUACGAUACAUGCAGCUCUACUAAUUACAAGUCAAUCAAUUUGAUAAUCAAAUAUUGUACUGUUAGCAUUCAUCGGUUGCUAUAGUGAUGAUCUGUAUACGGUAAGCGUAUUUACAUUUAGCUGUUUAUUCUUCUGCAAUAUGCUUAACACGCAACGACGACGUUAAGCACCAUUCCCGGCAAAAUUACACUAUUAAAAAAAAGAUUUUGUUUAGAAAAAAUGCAUAUGCAUUAUUAUAAUUAUUAUAAACCAUGGGAAAAUGUUGGUAUAAAUUUUAGUUUUACGCAAAAAGAUUUUAAAAAAAUGAGAAAUAGAGACUAUUUUCUCAUGGGAGAAUACAUUUUCUCGACGACUUCUUGUUACCAGGCAAAUUUAGAGGUUGUAGAACGCAUCCGCUGGAAUGCUCUCACUUUUAUGCUGUAUACUUUAUACAGUCAUUAAAGUGCACCCUCCUAAUAAGAUUAGUUUUGUACUUCGCAUCUCGCACACUCCGUUCGAUCGAGUAGGCCUGAGAUAUGUUUGUGUAAUUGUAAAAAUCUCGGUGAGAAUUGUUACAAUAUUGUAUUGUAUGACCAUUUAGGGCGCAAUACAUAUAUGUGUUGCUGAAUAAUGGCACAUAGUAAUGAAGUACA